GCAAUAAUUAAGAAAUUAACUAAAAAGAAAGAAAAAAAACAGGGGCCAAAGAUCGAAAAGAUUUAUAAAUACUAAACUAUAUCAUUAAUUCCAAUGUUGUAUUGCUCUAUGAGUAUUUUUUUAUUAUGCUGAUAAAUUACACCAUAUGAAUAACCUAUGAAUUCAUUUUGUUAUAAUUUCAUAGGGUAUUUAUUAACGAACGAACGAAAAUAAAAGUAAUGAACUCCAACAAUCAUUAAAUAAGUAACAAAUGAUUUUGUUUAAAGUUUUCAUUUUAUUGCUACCUUUCUUUGUUUACAGUGAAUCGAUUAUAAGGAUUCAAUUACAUUCAUCUCUUCAUUUAAACUUAUCUUAUCCUGUAUUGAAUGAUCAAUGGAAUUUAUCAAUUAAACAAUUCAAAAAUAAAUGGUUACAAAGACUGACAUCAUCAAAGGAUGGAAUAUAUGCUGAAUAUUUAGAAAAUUACCAAAAUAUUGAAUAUUAUGGAGAAAUUUCUAUUGGGACUCCACCUCAAACAUUUUAUGUGAUAUUCGACACAGGAUCACCAUACUUAUGGAUACCAUCUAAAAUGUGUGAUUCCAGUGAUUUAGCAUGUCAAUUACAUCAUAAGUAUGAUAGUUCAAAAUCUUCAACUUAUAAACCGAAUGGUGCAUUAUUUUAUGUCAAAUACGGCACUGGAAUAGCAUCAGGGUUUUUAAGCUCAGAUUGUGUUCAUAUCGGUUCAUUGAAUAUUGUAGAUCAAACAUUUGGUGAAGUAACUCAUCAACCUGGUCAAGUAUUUAUAAAUUUUCAUUUUGAUGGAAUUAUGGGUAUGGGAUUUCAACAAAGCUCACAAAAUUCUAAUCCAACACCUAUAUUUUUGAAUAUGAUUGAACAGCAUUUAGUAGAUAAACCUGUAUUUUCAGUUUAUUUAAAUCUUAAUGAAGAUAAAACAACUAGUGGAGAAAUAAUGUUUGGUGGGAUUGAUGAUAAAUAUUAUACUGGUGAUUUAACUUAUUCAGACGUUGUAAGUGAAGAAUAUUGGAUGAUUAAAAUAGAUGGUAUAUCAAUCAACGACAAAAUAUUUUGUCCAAGUGGAAGUACCGCACUAAUCGAUACGGGUACAACCUUAAUAUCAGGUCCAACUGAAAAAAUUAAUGAUAUAAAUAAAUAUCUUGGAAGUUUACAACUAUCUGAUAAUGAAUACAUUGUGGAUUGUAAUAAAAUGCACAAGUUACCAAUAAUCGAAAUAAAGAUUAAUGGCAAAUCUAUUCAAUUGAAAGCAGAUGAUUACAUUGUUGAGAAAGUUUCAAACGGUUCACGGAUUUGCAGGACUUGCUUCAUUGGUACUGACUUCCCAAGUGGCCCGUUAUGGAUAUUUGGGGAUGUAUUUUUAAGAAAAGUUUAUACAGUAUUUGAUGUUGGUCAACGGCGAAUAGGAAUUGCUGAUGUCGCAGAUGUUAAAUCUUCGUGAACAAAAAUAAUAUUUGUGGGAUAGUCAAUAAUUCUCUUUCCGGUUUCUGAAGUAAUAUCGUUGAACUGAAUUAUCUAGUUAACAAUAUAUGAAACGAUAAAAAAACGUCUUUUUGAUUUUAUGUGAUUUUGCGCUUACUAUUUCUUUUUUACUUAUACUGCAUUGUUGUUUGCUUUUUCAUUUUCUCAGUUGUAUAAAUAAGCAAAAACACCAUAUCGGAA